UUCACACACCUAGAGCAAAAACAUCAAAGCCAAGCAAGCAAUAAUCAACACAAAAUCUAUCAUGAAGAUCUUCCUCAUCCUUGCCCUCCUUGGCGUGGUGGCGACCAUGGCCAAUGCCACUGUACAGCUUGAUCCUAGAGGCCAAGAUCAGCCAUUUCCGCAACCACAACAACCAUUCCCACAACCACAACAACAAUUUCCACAACCUCAACAACCGUUUCCACAACCUCAACAACCGUUUCCGCAACCACAACAACCAUUUCCGCAACCACAACAACCGUUUCCGCAACCACAACAACCAUUUCCGCAACAACCGUUUCCGCAACCACAACAACCGUUUCCACAACCCCAACAACCGUUCCCGCAACCAUGGGUGCAGCAACAACAACGGCUUUUCCAGCAAAUUAUGCAACAACAGUUGAACCAGUGCCAAGAGUUCCUCGUGCAGCAGUGCAAACCAGUGGCGAAAGUGCCGUUCCUCUCGUGGAUCUUUCAACAGAGCAGGUGCCAGGUGAUGCAACAACGAUGUUGCCAGCAGCUGGCGCAGAUCCCCAAGCAGCUCCGGUCCCCCGCCAUACAUAGCAUCGUGAACGCCAUCAUCGUGCGGCAGCAACAACAACAACCAUUCCAGCCUCAGCCACAACAUGUGGGCCAGGGUUUCAUCCAACCUCAGCAGCUAGCUCAGUUCCAGGCGAUGAGGAUGUAUGCGCUGCAAACCCUGCCGGCAAUGUGCAAUGUGGAGGUCCCGUUGUACUAUUCCACGGAACCAUUCGGCAGCAUCGGUGGCUUUUGAGAAGACUACAAGAGCUCUAGUACUAUAUAGGUGGAUCAUCGUUAUUUCGUCAGUGGUCUGAUCGAUGUAACGGUGACAAAUAAAGUGGCAUGCACUAACAUGUGUGACCCCCCGGCAACUACUAGUCCAAACUUGGGAAUAAAUGACAAACAUUGUUCUUGUCUGCAUAA